AAGAAAGCCCACCCGAAAAUAACCUAAACCUGCCAUGGCCUCCGAGAAAGAGCAACUCUCAGUGUUGUUCCUCGCGUAUGUACUUCUCAUGCUCGUGCAAGAAAUGUCUGGUCUUGCUUCAACACGAAGCUCUUCUAAAAUGGAAGUGGAGGCACUCCUAAAAUGGAAAUCUAAGCUAGACAAUGAGAGCCGCUCUACUUUGUCUUCGUGGUACGGAAGCAACCCUUGUUCAUGGCGCGGAAUCGUUUGUGAUCCUUUUGGGAGUGUCACCAGCUUGAACCUUUUGAACUCUGCCAUACACGGUACGCUUCACCAUCUCAAUUUCUCCCAUUUACCCAACUUGGUCAAUCUUCAGCUUGGCAACAACCAGCUCUACGGGAACAUCCCUCCAAGCAUCGGUGAUCUUUCCAAGCUCACUCAUCUUAAUCUUUCUACGAAUAAUUUGGGGGGCUUUCUUCCCACAGAGAUGAAUAACCUCACAUUUCUCAUAAUACUACAGCUAUCCGAAAACAAAUUUGUUGGUCAAUUGCCACAAGAUAUUUGCGGAGGUAAAGUUCUUGAAUAUUUUGCCACGAUUGACAAUCACUUCACUGGUCCAAUUCCACGAGGCCUCAAAAAUUGCCCGAGUUUGUAUAGAGUUAGGCUCCAAAACAACAAGCUCAAGGGAAAUAUAUCCGAGGAUCUCGGCACAUACCCUAACUUAGAUUAUCUUGAGUUAAGCAACAAUGAACUAUACGGUGAGCUACCACCUAGACUGGGUGAAUAUAGCAAUUUGACUAGCCUGAAAAUCUCCAACACUCGCAUCUCAGGCAUGAUUCCCGUUGAGCUUGGCAACAUGAGCCGAUUACAUAUUCUUGACCUCUCUUCAAAUAGUCUUGUUGGGAAAAUUCCAGGAGACCUAGGAAAACUGAAGUCACUUUUAGAGCUUUCCCUCAAUGACAAUCAUCUCGUAGGCUACGUACCUCAAGAACUUGGAACAUUGUCUGAUCUGUCAAGAAUUAAUGUGGCCGGAAAUAACCUAAGUGGCUCAAUUCCUAGACAACUUGGGGAUUGUUUGAAGCUUCAGUUAUUGAAUUUAAGCAGAAACAGUCUUGUUAGAAGUAUUCCCGUCGAGAUCAGCAAGCUUCAAUUUCUUGAAGUUCUCGAUCUAAGUCAAAAUUUGCUUACGGGAGAAAUACCCGGACAACUUGGGCUACUACAAAAAUUGGAAACACUCAACCUCUCCCACAAUCAGCUCUCGGGUUCAAUCGCAUCGACCUUUAAGGAUAUGGCAAGCUUGACAUCCAUCGACAUAUCAUAUAACGAGUUAGAGGGACCUAUACCGAACAUUCCAGGCUUCCGUAAUGCCACAAAUGACGUUGUGGGAGGGAACAAAGGCUUGUGUGGAGUUAUUGCUAGUCUCCACGCAUGUACGGCAACAAUGUUGAAAGGCAAAAACGAAAACAAAAAGUUGCUGCUAAUUUUGAUUCCUACUUUAGGUUGCCUACUUUCUUUGCUUUUUGCCAUGGGAGCUUCAUGUAUUGUCUGCCAAAGAGUAAGGAAAAUAGAGGCUAGUUCGAUUGACGGAAGCAAUGAAAACCCGUGGGCAGUAUGGAGCUUUGAUGGAAGAAUGGCUUAUGAGAGCAUUAUUGAAGCCACGGGGGAGUUUGAUGCCAAAUAUUGCAUCGGUGUGGGAGGACAUGGGAGUGUUUACAAGGCCCAGUUACAAACAGGAGAGACUGUUGCUGUGAAGAAACUUAAAGAAGUAGUGGACGCUGAAAUGGCUAGUCGAAAAGCAUUUGAAAGGGAAGUUCAUGCUUUGAUCGGAACUCGGCAUCGGAAUAUUGUCAAGCUCUAUGGCUUUUGCUGGAGUUCUCGACAUUCAUUUUUGGUGUACGAGUUCUUGGGAUGUGGCAGCUUGAAGAAUGUAUUGAACAAUGAACAGAGGAUAAUAACAUUUGACUGGCAUAAGAGAGUGAAUGUUGUUGAAGGGGUGGCUUAUGCUUUGUCCUACUUGCACCAUGAAUGUUCUCCUCCCAUAAUUCAUCGAGACAUAUCGAGCAAGAAUAUUUUAUUAGAUGAAGAGUACAAAGCUCACGUCUCUGAUUUUGGCACGGCUAAGGUUCUAGAAUCUUGUUCAUCCAAUUGGACUUCCUUUGCAGGCACCAUUGGAUAUGCAGCUCCAGAGCUUGCAUACACGAUGAAGGUUAAGGAGAAAUGCGACGUUUAUAGCUUUGGAGUGGUGACAUUGGAAGUAAUCAUGGGAAGACAUCCGGGCGAUUUCAUUUCGUCUCUGACUUCCUCAUCUUCUUCAUCAACAAGCAAUUCAACAGCAUCAAGUUGGCCACUAAAACAAGUUUUAGAUCAAAGAAUUCCAUCCCCAGAAGGUGAGGUACUUGGGCAAGUGGUUUUCUUUGUAAAGCUGGCAUUUUUGUGCUUAAGUGCAAAACCAGAGCAUCGUCCAAGCAUGCAACAAGUAUCUCAAAAGAUAUCGGCGCGUAGAUCAAUCAUGAUAAGCACGUUGGAGGACGUAAAAUUGGAAGAGCUAGUUGAUCCUGGAUGCUUCCCUUACUGA